AUGAACGAGAAGGAAACUGAGGCUAGUGAGUUGUUUCAGUUUGAUCCUGAGAUUGAGAGGACACUGUUUAGAAGAAGAAGAGAACUCAAGCAGAUACCAGUUGAUCCUAUUGAGAAGAUGGGAGAUCAGAGAGUUUUGUUGAGGGAUCUGUGGAUUCCAAAGGGGCAAGUCAUCUCAUCAGGAAUUGUGGCACCAGUGAUUCAGGCUAAUAAUUUUGAACUCAAGCCUGCUCUGAUAAAUAUGGUACAACACCGUCAGUUUGGUGGUUCAGCAAUUGAAGAUCCUCAUGAACACAUCAUUACAUUCUUGGAGUAUUGCAACACCUCAAAGCAGAAUGGAGUAUCACCUGAUGUCAUCAAGUUAUCUCUCUUUCCAUUCUCUCUGAGAGAUGGUGCAAGGAUUUGGUUACAUUCCUUACCACCCACCCUGACAGAUACUUGGGAUCAUCUUCUGCAGGCGUUUCUGGAAAGGUACUUUCCACUUACUAAAGCAGCAGAAUACAGAGACAAGAUCACCAGAUUUGCUCAGUUUGAAGGUGAGAGUCUCUAUGAUGCAUGGCAGAGAUAUAAUACUCUGAUAAGGAUGUGUCCUCACCAUGGCUUGGAAAGGUGGUUAGUGCUCCAAACAUUCUAUAAAGGAUUGACCCAUCAGACCAGAGCUUAUGUUGAUUCAGCUGCUGGAGGAGGGAUUAUGAACAAGACCUUGGAAGAAGCUUUUGCACUUAUUGAGAGUAUGGCGUCCCAUCAUUUUCAGUGGUCAAGUGACAGGGCAGUGGUUCCUCAUGCACCUGGUAUUCAUGCCAUUUCUUCAGCAGAUUUAGUGGCAGCUCAAGUAGAGAUCCUGAACAAACAGAUGGCAAGUAUACUUUCUGAAAGGUCUGCAACUUCAGUGGCCUCUGUUCAAUUUGCUCAAGCUAUGUGUGAUGUUUGUGGUGUACAAGGGCAUACAAAUGGUGAGUGUACUUAUUAUUCAGCAGUUGGACCCUCUGUUUCAGAAGUGAGUUAUGCUCAAGGACAAGGACCAUUUUCUCAGUCCUAUAACCCAUCUUGGAAGCAUCACCCCAAUCUGUCUUAUAAGCAGCCACCUGGGUCUUACAUUCAUCCAGGAGGGCAGUCUAGCACUGGCUCAAAGGCGAGUUUCCAUCCUCAGUCUGCAUAUGCUCAUCCUUCUCUGUCACAUGCUCAGAAGCAACCUGAAGCACCCAGUUCAGCAACUUCUCGCUUAGAAGAUACAACAAUAAUGCUAACUGAGUUGCUGGCUAAAAUGAAUUCAGAAGUUACAAGUCUUAAGGAUUCAAUGAGAAACAUGGACAAUAAAUUUGAGGCAGUGCUUAGCAGAGUUUGUCAGAAUAGAGACGAUGCUAAACUACCAGCUCAGCCUGAACAUAACCCAAAGGCUCAAUGUGGUGCUAUAACAACUUGUGCAGUUACAACUAGAGCUGGCACAAGCACCUCUCCCAUCCUUCCAACUCCAUCAGCAUAUGUGCCACCUCAUGUGAGGAACCUUAAAAAGCAAGCUCCAAAUGAACAAAGAGAAGAAAGUGAUGUUGAAAAGAAUGAAGGAGAAACAACAGUAAAUGAUGUACAACCAGAUAAAGUGCAAGUCUCCCAGCCUUUAAGGAUUCCAUUUCCAGAAAGGCUAGAGAGAAACAAAGAUGAUAAGCAGUAUGCUAAAUUUCUUGAAGUCAUGAAGGAGGUGUAG